AUGCAGCGUGCUCUGUCCUCCCGAUCCCGGACUUCGGUCCUCAACUCGGCUGCUGCUGCCGCCAAGUACCGGCCCGGUGCAGGUCUGUCCCAGCAGCUGCGAUUUGCGCACAAGGAGCUGAAGUUCGGUGUUGAGGGCCGUGCUGCCCUGCUCGCUGGUGUCGAGACCCUCGCAAAGGCUGUUGCCACCACCCUGGGACCCAAGGGCCGAAAUGUCCUCAUUGAGUCGUCUUACGGCUCCCCCAAGAUCACAAAGGACGGUGUCACAGUCGCACGCGCCAUCAGCCUACAAGACAAGUUCGAGAACCUCGGUGCCAGACUCCUCCAGGAUGUUGCCUCGAAAACCAACGAGUCCGCCGGUGACGGUACCACCAGUGCUACUGUCCUUGCCCGCGCCAUCUUCUCCGAGACCGUCAAGAACGUCGCCGCUGGCUGCAACCCCAUGGAUCUGCGCCGUGGUACUCAGGCUGCCGUUGAGGCCGUUGUUGAGUACCUCCAGAAGAACAAGCGGGACAUCACCACCAGCGCCGAGAUUGCUCAGGUCGCUACCAUCUCCGCCAACGGCGACACUCACAUUGGUAACCUGAUUGCCAACGCUAUGGAGAAGGUCGGCAAGGAGGGUGUCAUCACCGUCAAGGAGGGCAAGACUCUCAACGACGAGCUCGAGGUUACCGAGGGUAUGCGCUUCGACCGUGGUUUCGUCUCCCCCUACUUCAUCACCGACGCCAAGGCCCAGAAGGUUGAGUUCGAGAAGCCCCUGAUCCUGCUCUCCGAGAAGAAGAUCUCCUCCGUCCAGGACAUCAUUCCCGCUCUCGAGGCCUCCACCCAGCAGCGCCGCCCCCUUGUCAUCAUUGCCGAGGACAUUGACGGUGAGGCUCUGGCCGUCUGUAUCCUGAACAAGCUCCGUGGCCAGCUCCAGGUUGCUGCCGUCAAGGCUCCUGGCUUCGGUGACAACCGCAAGUCCAUCCUUGGCGAUAUUGCCGUCCUCACCAACGGUACCGUCUUCACGGACGAGCUCGACAUCAAGCUCGAGAAGGCUACCCCCGACCUGCUCGGUUCGACCGGUUCCAUCACCAUCACCAAGGAGGACACCAUCAUCCUGAACGGCGAGGGCACCAAGGACAACAUUGCCCAGCGCUGCGAGCAGAUCCGUGGCGUCAUGGCCGACCCCUCCACCUCCGACUACGAGAAGGAGAAGCUCCAGGAGCGUCUCGCUAAGCUCUCUGGUGGUGUUGCCGUCAUCAAGGUCGGUGGCUCCUCCGAGGUCGAGGUCGGUGAGAAGAAGGACCGCUUCGUCGAUGCUCUCAACGCCACCCGUGCCGCCGUUGAGGAGGGUAUCCUGCCCGGUGGUGGUACUGCUCUGAUCAAGGCCUCCGUCCACGCCCUGAAGGACGUCAAGCCCUCCAACUUUGACCAGCAGCUCGGUGUCAGCAUUGUUAAGAACGCCAUCACCCGCCCUGCCAAGACCAUUGUCGAGAACGCCGGUCUCGAGGGUUCCGUUGUUGUCGGUAAGCUCUCUGACGAGUUCAGCAAUGACUUCAACAAGGGUUUCAACAGCGCCACUGGCGAGUACGUUGACAUGAUCUCUGCUGGUAUCCUUGACCCCUUCAAGGUUGUCCGCACUGGUCUCGUUGACGCCAGCGGUGUUGCUUCUCUGCUCGGUACCACCGAGGUCGCCAUUGUUGAGGCUCCCGAGGAGAAGGGCCCUGCUCCUGGCGGCAUGGGUGGUAUGGGAGGUAUGGGCGGCAUGCCUGGAAUGAUGUAA